CCAGGCUCUGCCUGACUCUUGAGCUGGAGGUCUUUACUUCCUCCUCUCCCUCAUCCAACUAACUGUGCACCUUGUUUGUGGACCCACCUUCCAUCCCUUUUCUUUUUCCGAAUUCCUCUGCCCCACCCCUCAGCUUCUCGGGUCUCAGCCAUCCCAGCCCACAGUUAGGAACCUUCCUUCCCCUCCUCCUUUUCUUCUCCAGGGUGGUUCUGUGGCCGUGGGGCUCAGCUCUGCAAAGAGCUCCUCCCCCUCCAGGAAAAGCACUUCUCCCCAGGCAGGGCGGUCAGUCCCCUCAGCGCACCUGCAUGCACACACACCACCUCACAACCACACACUGCAUGCAGACACACCACCUCACUACCACACACUGCAUGCACACACAUACACCACAGCCACACACUGUGCAUACACGCACACCUCACAACCCACAUACUGCAUGCACACACACACACACCCACAAGCUGCAUGCUGCAUACACAAGUCAUACAGGAGAUAAACUCAGAGUCCCAGCCCCAAACAGACCCCAUCUCUUGCUCAGUUGCUGUCAUCCUAGAUCUGUUUCUUUCGCCACAUUUCUAUAAUCCACCAGUACCUGCAAGGAGAACACAUGGGGGGUUUUCUACCUAAGGCAGAAGGGCCUGGGAGCCAACUCCAGAAACUUCUACCCUCCUUUCUGGUCAGAGAACAAGACUGGGACCAGCACCUGGACAAGCUUCAUAUGCUGCAGCAGAAGAGGAUUCUAGAAUCUCCACUGCUUCGAGCAGCCAAGGAAAAUGACCUGUCUGUUCUUAGGCAACUUCUACUGGACCGCACCUGUGACGUUCGACAAAGAGGAGCCCUGGGGGAGACGGCGCUGCACAUAGCAGCCCUCUAUGACAACUUGGAGGCGGCCUUGGUGCUGAUGGAGGCUGCCCCAGAGCUGGUCUUUGAGCCCACUACAUGUGAGGCUUUUGCAGGUCAGACUGCACUGCACAUCGCUGUUGUGAACCAGAACGUGAACCUGGUGCGUGCCCUGCUCACCCACAGGGCCAGUGUCUCUGCCAGAGCCACAGGCACUGCCUUCCGCCGUAGUCCCCGCAACCUCAUCUACUUUGGGGAGCACCCUUUGUCCUUUGCUGCCUGUGUGAACAGCGAGGAGAUCGUGCGGCUGCUCAUUGAGCAUGGAGCUGACAUCAGGGCCCAGGACUCCCUGGGAAACACAGUGUUACACAUCCUCAUCCUCCAGCCCAACAAAACCUUUGCCUGCCAGAUGUACAACCUGCUGCUGUCCUAUGAUGGACAUGGGGACCACCUGCAGCCCCUGGACCUCAUGCCCAAUCACCAGGGUCUCACCCCCUUCAAGCUGGCUGGAGUGGAGGGUAACACUGUGGUGUUCCAGCACCUGAUGCAGAAGCGGAGGCACAUCCAGUGGACGUAUGGACCCCUGACCUCCAUUCUCUACGACCUCACGGAGAUUGACUCCUGGGGAGAGGAGCUGUCCUUCCUAGAGCUUGUGGUCUCCUCUGAUAAACGAGAGGCUCGCCAAAUUCUGGAACAGACCCCGGUGAAGGAGCUGGUGAGCUUCAAGUGGAACAAGUAUGGCCGGCCGUACUUCUGCAUCCUGGCUGCCUUGUACCUGCUCUACAUGAUCUGCUUCACCACGUGCUGCGUCUACCGCCCCCUUAAGUUUCGUGGUGGCAACCGCACUCAUUCUCGAGACAUCACCAUCCUCCAGCAAAAACUACUACAGGAGGCCUACGAGACACGUGAAGAUAUCAUCAGGCUGGUGGGGGAGCUGGUGAGCAUCGUUGGGGCUGUGAUCAUCCUGCUCCUAGAGAUCCCAGACAUCUUCAGGGUUGGUGCCUCUCGCUAUUUUGGAAAGACGAUUCUUGGGGGGCCAUUCCAUGUCAUCAUCAUCACCUAUGCCUCCCUGGUGCUGGUGACCAUGGUGAUGCGGCUCACCAACACCAAUGGGGAGGUGGUGCCCAUGUCCUUUGCCCUGGUGCUGGGCUGGUGCAGUGUCAUGUAUUUCACUCGAGGAUUCCAGAUGCUGGGUCCCUUCACCAUCAUGAUACAGAAGAUGAUUUUUGGAGACCUAAUGCAUUUCUGCUGGCUGAUGGCUGUGGUCAUCUUGGGAUUUGCCUCCGCGUUCUAUAUCAUUUUCCAGACAGAGGACCCAACCAGUCUGGGGCAAUUCUAUGACUACCCCAUGGCAUUGUUCAGCACCUUCGAGCUUUUUCUCACUGUUAUUGAUGCACCUGCCAACUACGAUGUGGACUUGCCCUUCAUGUUCAGCAUUGUCAACUUCGCCUUCGCCAUCAUUGCCACACUGCUCAUGCUCAACCUGUUCAUCGCCAUGAUGGGCGACACCCACUGGAGGGUGGCCCAGGAGCGGGAUGAGCUCUGGAGGGCCCAGGUCGUGGCCACCACAGUGAUGCUGGAGCGGAAGCUGCCUCGCUGCCUGUGGCCUCGCUCUGGGAUCUGUGGGUGCGAGUACGGGCUGGGGGACCGCUGGUUCCUGCGGGUUGAGAACCACAAUGAUCAGAAUCCUCUGCGAGUGCUUCGCUAUGUGGAAGUGUUCAAGAACUCAGACAAGGAGGAUGACCAGGAGCAUCCAUCUGAGAAACAGCCCUCUGGGGCUGAGAGUGGGACUCUAGCCAGAGCCUCUUUGGCUCUUCCAACUUCCUCCCUGUCCCGGACCGCGUCCCAGAGCAGCAGUCACCGAGGCUGGGAGAUCCUUCGUCAAAACACCCUGGGGCACUUGAAUCUUGGAGUGAACCUUAGUGAGGGGGAUGGAGAGGAGGUCUACCAUUUUUGAUUAGCAUCGCUGUCACUCUUGACCUUACUCCCAGUUGGCCUGGGGGCGGGGACAGAGACGGAGACCUCUGCCUAUGCAAGUGUCUAACUUCUGUGCCUGUUAAUCAUGGGAGGGUGAGGCAGAACAAUCCCUAAAGGGUCAUGCCUCACACUUCACAUCAGAAUUUCUGGCAAUGGGCAAUGGUCAUCGAUUGUCUCACAUAUUUUCUGGGCUCUUGCAAGUCCCACAUCUCAGGAAAAAGGAGGUUGGCAACUAAAGACAUGAGGUAGGGAUGCUAGAUUAAUGUCAGGACCAUUUCUCUUCUGCCCCACGCAGACCCUAGAAAGUAGUAAGCUGUGAGGCUUUUCUGGCUCGCCAGGGCUUAUGUGGGAAGAGCCAGGCAUGGCAUAGAGGUUGUGGCCCUUCUUUUUUUCCCAACCUCCUGUAGGUCUCUCUUCCCACUUAGCAAGCAAACCCCAACUGCAAUAAAAAAAACUCCUUAUUCUUGCCUUCUUUAAUUUUUUAUUGGGGCCCAGUACAUGUCACAUAAAAUUUACCAUACUAUCCAUUUUUAGAUGUGCCGUUCAGUAGCAUUAAGUACAUUCACAUUGUUGUGUAACCAUCACCAUUAUUCAUUUAUGGAACUUUUUCAUCAUUCCGAACUGAAACUCUAAUCCCCACUGAACAAUAACUCUCCAGCUAUCUCUCUGCCCCGGUCCCUGAUAACCAAUAUUCUGCUUUCUGUCUAUGAAUUUAACUAUUCUAGGUAUCUUAUAUAAGUGAGAUUCUGCAAUCUUAGUCCAAAAUUUGACACGGUUUGUUUAUUUAUUCAUCUACCAAUGGACAUUUGAGUUUUUUCUACCUUUUGGCUGUUGUGAAUAAUGCUGCUAUCAAUAUGGUAUACAAAUAUCUAUUCAAGUUUCUAUUUUCAGAUACUUUGGGCAUACAUCUAAAAAUGGAAUUGCUAGACAAUUCUUAUGUUUAAUUUUAUGAAGAACUGCCAUACUGGUUUUCACAAUAGCUUUCACCAUUUCACAUUCCCUUCUAAUGGGUGUGAACUGGCUUCACACUGUAGUUUGAUUUGCCUUUCCCUAAUGACUAAUGAUACUGAGCAUGUUUUUAUACACCUAUUUAUUGGACGUUUAUAUACCUUCUUUGGAGAAAUGUCUUUUCGGUUUAUUUGUCCAUUUUCGAAUUAGGUUUUUGUUGUUGUUGAAUUGCCUUAUCUUUGCUUUUUGAGGCUCACAGCCUGAAGUGUUUGCAUCCUGGUGUGUUUUUAAGUAUGUAUGGCAAAUUAGGCCUAUAUUUGAAUGGCCUAAUCAUUUCUUUUCCAGGACCCUCCUGCUCUGUCCCUAGCAGCUAAUCAUCCUUGUGCCUGGAGGCAACAGGCUCCUGUUUGGUCUCCUGACAUAGCCAUCCUCCAUUCCCAUCUCCCUUUGCCCCACACUGAGUUGUGAAAGGAACAGCAGCAAUAGAGGAAGGGUCAUCCCUCUCCUGGAGGGAAAUUAAGAAUCAUGUGUCCAGGGCACCCAUUAUAGGUGCUCAUGGGGAGCCUCUCUUGUGUCUCCAGCACUAUACUUCUAAUCCCAGCCUCUAUCAUCACCCUUAGCAAAAAGCCAUGUCAGCUUUUCAAAGGACUGUGGUCUGGGAUAACAAAGGAGUAAGUGGAUUUUUGAAACCACAGACAGUUAAUUCAGAUACACGAGCUCAGGACUGAGUGCCCAACAGUGAGGGAUUGCACAAUGUGUAUACACAUGCCUGCAGACACUGGGACACAGUGGUGGCAGGGUGUGUAAAACUGCUCAGUCACCAUCAUUUUUUUUUAUUCUCUUCAUAGUGGAAGCAAUUUAAAACUUUGCUUCUGUAGUCCUUUUUUUUUUUUUUCCCUUGAGACAGGGUCUGGCUCUGUUGCCCAUGCUGAAGUACAGUGGUGCGAUCACUGCUUACUGCAGCUUCAACCUCCUGGGCUCAAGUAAUCUUCCCCCAUCAGCCUCCCAAGUAGGUGGCACUAGAGGUGUGCACCACCACACCCAACUAGUUUUUGUAUUUUUUUUAGAGAUGGGGUUUUGCCAUGUUGCCCAUGGCUAGUCUUGAGCUCCUGGUCUCAAGCAAUCCACCUGCCUCGACCUCCCAAAGUGCUGGGAUUACAGCAUGAGCCACUGCACUAGCCCUGUAAUCCUUUUAAUACUUGCUUAACUUGUCUAUAAACUUAUAUGUCUUUUGAUUUGAGCCCUUGGCUUGCCCCCAGGUAUUGUCCUUUGUCCUGGCUUGUGCACCUGGUAUGUAAUUAAAAUUGCUUACUGCCUAGGUUUUUCACUAAAAUAAGAAUUACUAAGAGUUAACAUUAUAAAUUAAUGAAUAUAAUUAAAACUACUAGGUACAUACAAUGUGUAUUAAACAGGAAGGAUGUGGUUUUUCUGGAGAACAAAUGUUAAAAUACGUCAUGAGAGUGUGGUUCUUUUUUAAGAGGAAGUGUUGUUUUCUAGUUUAGAGGAUUUUAAGGAUUGUUUCAAGUUAACAGAAAGGACAAAACUGAAGGUUUAAGCAAGUUGUAGAAGGUUUGUGGAAGACUGAUCUUGUAAAAGGAAUUUUGUGUGUGAUCAGGUUUGGCUAAAAUUUUAAGGGGAUUAUUUAGAUUUUAUACAAAUUGAACAUUCAUAUAAAUAGCACAUUGAUGCAGGGUCAGAAUCUGAGCACCUGUGUGAGGCAGAAUUUUCUUGGAAUAUUGAUGUGUUCUUUAACACAAAUUUGUAAAGUUUAUAAAAGCCUCGUGGAAAUCUUACCUUACAAUCAAACUAAUUAAGAUUUGAUAGAUUUGCUUAUAAGAUUCUAUUAAAGCUUUAGAAUUAACAAUACAGUAAUACAAAAAUAAAAUUUGGUUUUCUCUUUUAAAUAAGAUUUUUGUAUAAGAUUAAGAGAUAGUAAAAGAUUUUCAUUUGCCCUUUGAAUAAACUGCCAAAAAAAAUAAAGAAGGAGAGAGAGAGACAGAUUCAGUUGGCUUCACACUGUCUCUAUUAGGUCCUAUUUUUUAGAAAACUAAGCUCUUCUUCAUCAAGGAGUAAAGAUUUCUGCUUUUUUUUUUUUAAAUUGGUGAGUUAUCACUUUAGCUAAAUGAUUUACUUUAUAAUGACCUGUAAUCUCAUUUUGCGAUAUCAAGUGCCUUAAACUUUUAAUGUUGGACUAACUUUCCAAAAUUAAAUUCUAAAUGCAGUCUUUUAACCUCAAACUGACUUUUAAAAGUCCAAGAGACGCAUAUUUGGCUUAUUUGAUAUGUUAAAAUCAUACAGGAGGCAUUGCCAAAUAUAAAAUGGUGUGUAACUUUCUUUGAAAUAUAUUUAUAUAAAUGUGCUAUUGUUAUGUGUUCCAAAAUUGUAUAAUAUUCUUAUAAUUUUAAUAUGUCUUGGUAUAUGUGAUCAGUAAUAAUUAUAAUUAUGGUAAAUUAUUGUGUGCCACAGAAAUAACCAGAUUUCCUUGUCAAUUAUAUCUUUGACCGUGGAUAUCUUUUGUCAUUCACAAUUAUUAUUUUACUUUGUUCCUUUUCAAAAAGUUGUUUAUAAUCAGUUAUAGGACUCUGAUGGUGUAUUAGUUCAUUCCCAUGCUGCUAUGAAGAGAUACUUGAGACUGGGUAAAUUAUAAAGAAAAGUUUAAUUGAUUCACAGUUCCGCAUGACUGGGGAAGCCUCAGGAAACUUAGAAUCACUGCAGAAUCGCCUCUUCACAGGGUGCCAGGAGAGAGAAUAAGUGCCAAGCAAAGUGGGUAGCCCCAUAUAAAACCAUCUGUUGCCCAUGCUGGAGUACAGUGGGCAACUCACUGAAUGAGUGAGUUCUCAUUAAACUCACUAGCAUGAGAACAACAUGGGGGGAACUGCCCCCCAUGAUUCAAUUACCUUUCACUGGGUCCCUCCCACCACAUGUGGGGAUUAUGGGAUUACAAUUCAAGAUGAGAUUUGGGUGGGGACACAAAGCCAAACCAUAUCAGAUGAAUACUUUUAAAUGCAGGUUUCUGACAGCUUUGGAGAUUGUGCCAUUAAAAUAGAGGAAAAAAAUCUUCCAGGACACUCCUGGAGAUCUGAUGUAUUCAUGAGGAUUGUUGACCCAAUAUCAAAUAGAACAGAGAUUAAUUGCAUGAACUGAGCUAAUAGAAGACUAAAAUAAUUUUUUGUGUGAUCUUUUUGUCAGAAACAUUGCUGAUUCUUUUCAUUUUUUGGGUUGUUUACAGCUUUUAACAAUUGAGUAAAAUAUGCUCUUGUGAGCAAAAUUUAAAGCAUAUUUCUUUCUCUCUACCUGAUUUCUCCAGAAUUUGAAAACUAUUUUUGAGUAUUCUUAAUUUAUAACAAUAUAGUUAUUUGUAUGAGCUCAGUAAGAAUCUGCUUUCUUUUGUAACAGGACACAAUUGGAGACUACUAUUUUACUAAAGCUUUGACUAGAAUGAAAUAUUUUAAGAUAUAAACAAA